GAAGCGAACCCUCAACCCUACCCUCCUAUCCAUCGGUGUUUGAAGUGAUGUUUUGGCAAUAUUCAAUGUUUUUGUGAACAAAAAGGAUCUUGAAUUACAUAUUUUUAUUAUUAUUUAUUCUGUGCUUCGUAAAUCGGUUAUAUUGUAGGCCUUCUUUUAUUUCAAAGCUACGGUAAUUAAAGACCAUGAGUCCAGCACCGGGAAUAUCAAGUGGUGAAGAGCCUAAGUCCUCAAUGACAACCAACAUCCUGGAUGAGUAUAGAAAUGAAGCAUGUUUUAGCUGGGAGAAAAUGAGGCUAAAUAUAGAAGACCCUGAACUACUCGAAGUUAAGUUUAAAGUUUGGCAAAUACUGGAGCACAACCCAUUGUUCAAACAAUGUCCGCUUCAAAUACGAACAUCUGAGGAGGAAAAGAGACUGACAGGAGCUCAGUUGGUGGCGUUUCAUCAUUUGGGUGUGUUUGACAACAUCCACCAGCAUAGCUACAAGACACGAACCAGGUAUAUAAUGACAGUCAAUGAAGCCACCAACAUGUACAGUCCCAGCCUGUCUAUCAAGUUUGCUCUGGGAGUGUCUUUGUUUGCCAACGCCAUCCUCAGCCUAGGAACUGAAAGACAUAAGAAGUUCUACCAAGACGUCUGGGAUGGAAAGAUCCUGAGCUGCUUGGCCCUGACAGAGCUGGCACACGGGAGUGACACCAAGAGACUGCGGACGACAGCUACGUACGAUCCUGUGUCACAACAGUUCAUCCUACACACGCCCGACCACCUCGCGGCCAAGUGCUGGGUCGGCAACCUAGGCAGACAGUGUACGCAUGCUUUGCUGUUUGCUCAGCUAUGGACUGGCAAUACAUGUCAUGGACUUCAUGCCUUUAUUGUACCUGUGAGGGAUCCAGACACUCUACUUCCCUAUCCGGGGCUUACCAUAGGGGACAUGGGCGAGAAAACAGGACUCCACGGCAUUGACAACGGCUUUAUCUUCUUUGACCACUACAGAAUACCAAAGGAGAAUUUGUUGAAUCGCAUUGGAGAUAUCACUGACGACGGGGAGUAUGAAACAUCCUUCACUGAUCCACAGAGAAUAUUAGGUGCAGCGCUAGAGAAUCUCUCUGCAGGCCGUGUAGCCAUCAUGCAGGAAAGUUGCAACAAACUGGCGUGCGCCAUCGUAAUCGCAGUGAGGUACGCCGUCGUGCGGACACAGUUCUGCGACGUGACUGGCCGAGAACUGCCCUUGCUGGACUACCAACUACACCAAUACAGAUUAUUCAAGCACCUCGCUGCAGCCUAUGUACUUAAAGUGUUUGUAAGAGACUUCAGCAACCUGUACCUGGACUGUGUGGUUCACUCUCAGAAUGGUUCUGAUGACAUGAAGAAUCUGAUGGCGGUUGUGAGUGGGAUGCAUGCUGUCGUCUGCUGCAGUAAGCCACUGGUCACCUGGGCUACGGGGGAGGCUCUGCAGGAAGUGAGGGAGGCUUGCGGAGGCAAUGGAUACUUGAAAGCCGCAGGUCUAGGUGAGCUACGCAACAACCACGACCCGACAGUGACGUACGAGGGAGACAACAACGUGUUGCUACAACAGACCAGUAACUGGCUGCUGCGACAGGCCAAGGAACUGAACUCAUAUGCCGAUACAUCAAGCUUCCCCCUCUCUCUCAUCGGAUAUCUCGCCUCGGACGCUACCUUCCCAAAUGUCUAUCACAACCAGCCUGUCACCUGCCAUAAUUUCGUGGAAGAAGCGUUUAACUGGCUGGUCAAAUGGUUGCUGCAUGCCACUCAAGAGAAAGUUGAUACUCUAACAGAGGACACUGACAGAUUCACUGCCAGAAACCAUAGUCAAGUGUUCUACGCUCACACGCUCUCGCUUGCUUUUGCACAGAACAAUGUAUUAAAGUAUUUUUGGGACCAUUGUAAGAAAACAUCAGAACCAGAGUUGAGAGUGGUGUUGGAAAAGCUCUACUACCUCUAUGGGCUGACCUGCUUACAAAAAUAUAUUGGCUACCUUUACCAAGGUGGCUACUGUGAGGGCGCAGCACUUGCUGACAAUCUCAACACGGCUGUACUAAGGCUACUGACAGAACUGAGACCCCAGGCUGUGAGUCUAGUAGAGGCUUUGGCUCCUCCAGACUUCAUACUCAACUCUGUCUUAGCACACUCUGAUGGCAAGUUGUACAACAACCUGAUGGAUUGCUUGAUGUCUGACCCUCGCGCGAUGGAGCGGCCAUCGUGGUGGAGAGAAAUCCGCCUCAAGGCCAAGCUAUAGAAUCCAGUGCCUAUACUGUACCUUUACCAUUUAAGGCUGUUAACAUGUAUUUAUUCUGCCCCCUUAUUUAAAUGUGAACUCCUCUCCUCAUAAAAUCAUACUCCAAGAUCCAAGGUUUAUCUGUAGUUUUAGAUUAAUGAGGUACCAAAAGCCUUAAAAAUCUACUACUCUAUGGAAUUUUUAAAACUGGUAGUCCCCACUAUAGCUGAUACAUAAAAACAUAUUUGCAGACAUGUUUUUGUUAUGGAUAUUAUUGUGCAACAGAGAGUUUGUUGUUACAAGCCAAUGUAUGUUUUAUCUUUUCUUUAAAUUAAAUUAAUUGUUAAGAUGAUGUUUACUUUUGUUAUUUAUCAAUAUAACAAAAGUAAAAAGCUUUGUUUCUGAAAGAAGAAAUUAAAAAAUUGUUAUUUAGUUUCAAAUUGUUCAGAACCUUGUCAUAACGCAUCUACCACAUAUAGUUUGGACACCUGUAAGUUGUGUUUAAAACACAACCAUAAUGAAUGUCUUGUUAUUGUUUCAGUUGUUAGUCUAUAUUAAAAGUUUUCAUAACAAAACUUAUACAACUCUAUUACAAUUAUGUUAGUUUUUAAUUGACCAUAUGUAUAUUCCCUCCUUGUCCUAAAUAAACUUUGAAUAUAUUGUCCCAUUAAAUCUCAAGUAGUCUUCAGCCAGUAGAUAAUUAAAUUCAGUACAUUUCCUAUUGGGAAGAGUGGUAGAAGCAUGGGACCAUAACUUUUCUUCUAGGGUCUGUGGAUGAAAAAAUGUUCUACAUUACAUACCCUGCCCUCAUAACUAGAAUUUUAGUUUCAGAUUACAAUUUGGUCAGUUUACCAACUACCGGUCAGUGCUCUUAACAUAACUAACUUACAGUUUCCCGUAGACUAAAUUUGUUCUCCAAACGAGUUUAACCUUGGUUUGAAACACAAAUAAACAGUGAUUGCCAUAAUUUUUAGGGCCCAAUUCAUGACUAGUUAAAGUGAAGCUUAAAGAUAUACCCAGAUAAAUGAAGUAGCUUUUCAGAAGAGGUGUAUUCCAAAAGUGCUUAGGCUAAGUCAAAAUUUUAACAUAUCGAGUUAUUAAUUGUAUAUGAUUCCUUACUACAAGUUUCUCAACUUGAAAACAUAUUUACGCCAAAAUGGCUUGAAUCAAAUAGACUAAAUUAGCAAUAUUAGCAUAGGUUGUGCUCAGGGCCUGAUUACCCAUUAGGCUAAUUAGGCUGGAGCCUAGGGCGCCAGUCAGCCAAGUGUUUUAGGGGGGUGCCAGACAGCUAAGACUUAAAGUUGGGACCGGGGGCGUAAAAAAUGUUUUAUUCCAAAAAAG